GCCGUCUCUGGAUUGCUGCCCCUAGAUCUACGUGAAUUUUAACUAAUGUCGAAUUUAAUGUCGAAUUCAUCCGACUACAAACAUCAAACGGAUCAAAAUGCCUUCUCCGAUGACUAAAGCCACGCUGGCCGCGGCCGGUCUAUCCAGCGCAUCCAACAUCCUGGCGCAAUUCCUUGAAGCGUAUCGAGACGGACACCCCUUUGUUUUCGAUUUCGCCAAUUUCCUCCGCUUCGUUGCCGUCACCUUCAUUACUGCUCCCCCGAAUUACAUGUGGCAACAACUGCUAGAACGCAGCUUUCCUGCAUAUGAACGAACGACAUCCAUCGGUGAUAUUGAAAAGCAGGGCAUAAACGGAGAAGAUGUGCGAGCGCGAGGAAAUGUAGAAGAACAAAAGCCUAAGCUAAACUUGCGAAACACGUUCGCCAAGUGGUUCAUCGACUGUAUCACCCUCGGAGCCAUUUUUAACACGGUCGCAUUCUUCAUACUCAUGGGUAUUUUGAAGAGCCAGCCCGUAGCCGAAAUCGCGCAGAACAUCAGGACAGAGACGAUCCCCGUCAUCGUUGCCGGAUAUAAGAUCUGGCCGUUCGCCUCCAUCAUUAGCUUCAGCUGCGUGCCGGUGGAACGACGGAUCGUCUUCCUUAAUUUUGUGGGACUCUUGUGGGGGAUUUACAUGAGUCUCGUCGCCUCCAGAGUUUAGAGGCGUUGAUCACGAUCGACACGUUGACAUCAGCAUGAGCUGCAUGAUGUCCACGCGAGACUGUAACGAUGUAUAUUGAUCAGUGCAUAUUCCGGCGGCACGGAUAGGAU